GCGCCGAGCGGUCCCCAUGGAGCUGCCGUAGCGGCGCGGGGUGGCGAGGAUGAUCGAGGCCGAGGCCGACCGCGGGGCGUGGCUGCUGGUGCUGAGCUUCGUGUUCGGGUGCAAUAUCCUCCGGAUUCUCCUCCCAUCUUUCUCGUCCUUCGUGUCCAGGGUGCUGCAGCAGGAUGCAGAGCAGGAGUCGCAGAUGAGAGCAGAGAUCCAGGGCAUGAAGCAGGAGCUCUCCACUGUCAACAUGAUGGACGAGUUCGCCAGAUACGCCAGGCUGGAAAGGAAGAUCAACAAGAUGACGGAUAAGCUCAAAACCCAUGUAAAAGCACGGACAGCUCAGUUGGCCAAGAUAAAGUGGGUUAUGAGCGUCGCUUUCUAUGUAUUGCAAGCUGCCUUGAUGAUCUCGCUCAUUUGGAAGUAUUAUUCUGUCCCUGUGGCUGUUGUGCCGAGUAAAUGGAUCACCCCACUAGACCGCCUCGUAGCCUUUCCAACCAGAGUGGCAGGUGGUGUUGGAAUUACCUGUUGGAUUUUAGUCUGUAACAAAGUUGUGGCUAUUGUACUUCACCCUUUCAGCUGAAAAGGAAGAUGAACACAGCUUUGGGACUUUUUAAAAACGGAUUUUCUCUUAUUAGGUUAAAAAUCUGAUUUACACUUAACAAAAAACCCCUACAGAUGUACGUAAGUUAUUUUUUGUUGUUGGAUGUGUUUGUACUUGGGCUUCAUGUGAGAUUCUUAUAAGAAUCAUAAUUUCUGCAUUUAUCUGUGAGUCAGAAAGGCCCGUAUAUGGCACACAUGUUCCAAGCAGCAUAACCCCAGACUUAAAGAAACAUGAACUGUCCUGGGCCGUCCACAGGUGCUGCUCCUGAUUCGUGCUCUUGACAUAUUUUGGGUAUUGCCGCCUUGGAAGGUCAAAAGUUUCUAACAACUUAAGUACUUUAAAGACUUAGUGCAGUUUUUAACCCAGUUUAGGGAGUAACUAAAUUUUAAUACUAAACCAGAAUUUGGGAACUUGAUUUCAAUCUUAGAUGGUCCAUCUGGAAGCAAAACACUAGCUGGCAUCACUUGGCCUUUCUCCCUCUGUUUUCAGCGCCAUUGCUAGGCAGGCGAUUGUGUGGGAUGAAUAAGAAUGGAGAAGCAGUGCUACAUGUUUGAACCUGUUAAAUUUCUUCACAGUAUUUUAUGAAUGCCUUCCUCAGACUGUAAUGCAUUGCUUUGUGCUUGAAUUGUUUUAUAUUUGAAGAGUUUCUAAUGAAGUGUGUUUUGUAAUUAUUUCAUAUCUCUAUCUGUAGAAUGAAAAGAAGUUAAAAACAAACUAGGCAAUCUCAUUAAACCAAUGCGGCUGAUGUGUGGCCUGGAAAGUAAAAUUCUGCAAAAUCUGUUUUUAAGCACCUUUUCUAAUUAAAAUGUUUGCACGUGCUGAGUGACUUCCUUCCCCACGGUGACUGAUUUGCUGUGAGCAGUCUAUGACUGAUGAGUGGCUAGAAGCUUUGGCACUUAACUCUAUACCCAUAGCACAGUAAAGCUAAAUCCUAUUGCUAGUUGUUGUUGUUUUUUUUUU